AUGGAGAAGGCCAUGGCCCGCGCCACCUCCGCCGCCGAGAACAAGCUGUUCUACACGUGGCUGCGCGUGGCGGAGCUGCGCAACAUCCAGGCGGCGAAGCGGAUCGUGGCCCAGCGGCGGCGGCAGAAGCUGAAGCUGGCCCGGCUGCUCCGCCCGCAGGUCCCCCUGCUGGCCUCGUGGGAGCCCCUCGCCAAGCCGCACGCCGACGCCACCGCGGACCUCGGCCGAGUCCUCUCCGCGGCCUGCACCAGCGUCCCGUUGGCCGCCGACGCGCGUGCCGACAUGGACGCGCUCCACGAAACCAUGUUCUCCUGCGUGGGCACCGUCAACGAGAUCGAAGCCAUCACCGACAUGUUCUACGCCACGGCCGGCGCGACGAGCGGCGCGGUGGGCGAGCUCGCGCGGACGAUCCAGCAGGAGAUGGAGUGCCUGGAGGAAGCGACGCGGCUGUCGAGCAUCGUCACAGGCUUGCAGAUGCUGGAGGUGAGCCUCCGGGCAAAUUUGAUGCAGGCAAAGCAGAGGAUUGACCUGGGGCGGCGGGGACCGGCGGCCACACCGGCGCUCGCAACUUCUGGUUGGUGUUUUUGA